AUGGAUGAAGAAUCGUCGUCCUCGAGUUCAUCUAACUCCUCAACUUCUUCGUAUACCGGUGAAGAAGAGGAAGAGGAUUCGAGAAGUAGUUUCACAAUUUCGUCGAUUAAUUCGUGUAAUUCGAGCUGUGAUAGAGAAGAAGAAGAGGCGGAAAGACGCGGAAAUGCGGAAGAGGAAGAGGGAUUUCCGCUAACUAGCCAAUCACUUACACCUCAACCGAAUGUGGGUUGAAAUUAUUGAAAAUAACUGAUUUUUUUUCAAAUAAUUUUUCACUGUUUCAAAAAUAUUUGAUAAUUUUUGAAUUUUUUUUUUUGAAACUUGAUAUCUUGCUACAAAAUUCCAAUACAUCGAAUCCAAAAAAAUCAAAAAUUUAGUUGAAAUAUUUUUCACUGUUUCAGAAAAAAUAUAUUUUUUCUGAGGUUUCUAUGAAAAAUUUGCUUAUCUCUUCGAGAAGAAUUCACUGUUUCAAAAAAAUAUAUCGAUUUUCUGAGAUUUCUGAAAUUUUGCUCAUUUUAUGCAUGUAUAGCCACGUGGAUUUCGAAAUCUUAAAAAUAUUUUUCACUGUUUCAAAAAUUUCUCAAAUUUUCUGAGGUUUUUGUGAAAAUUGAUCCGUUCUUUUCACCCAUGCAGAAAAAAUUCACUGUUUCAAAAAUUUUUAUAAAUUUUUCUCGGGAUUUUGAAAAUGAUCCAAAGACAAAAAAUCCUCGUAUCUACAGUACCCAUUCAAAAAAAAGUCGCUAAUUGUGGGAAAAUCACUAUACGAAAAGAGAGAGCCCCAAUUAUAAUUUUCAGUCAGUCUCAAAAAAAAAAAUGAAUUUUGUUCAGAACACGGCAUGUUUGGACGAUUUCGAUCGAAUAAAAACAUUGGGAACCGGCUCAUUUGGACGUGUCAUGUUGGUCAAACACAAGUCAACCGGCAAUUUUUAUGCGAUGAAAAUUCUUGAUAAGCAAAAAGGUGAGCGUUUUUCAGCAACAAUCUGAAAUAUGUUUCAGUGACUGAAAAGUGAGAGGCUAGAAAAAUUGAAUAGAAGUUUUGAAACAGUGAAUUUUUCAAUUCACUGUUUCAGAAAAAUUAGAUUAAUUUCAAAAUUUUUAUUUUUUCAUUGCUUGAUAAAAAAUUUUGCUGACGUGAGCUUGAAUAUUAUAAUUACCGAAACGAGCUAAUUUUGAAAAAUAAAUAAAUUUUUGAAACAGUAAAUUUUUCCAGUCACAUAAAAUUCACUGUUUCAAAAAUUAUUCAUUUUUUUUAGAUAAUGCUGCACACAUAAUAUGUAGAGGACUGGGUUUGAAGGAAAAAAAAUUUUUGAAACAGUGAAAAAAUGUUCACUCUUCAAAAAUUUUGAAAUAAAUUUCAAUUCGUAAAAUUCACAGAGCAACAAUUUUGAGGGCUAACUAAUUUUCUAAAAUUUUUGAAACAGUGAAUUUUUUCUCAUAAAAAAAUUGGCUACAAAAUCCACUUUUGAAAUUAUUUUUCAAGAUGAAAAAUAUUCACUGUUUCAAAAAAUAUUUAUUUAAAAAAUAAUUACUUCUGAGGUAAUAAAAAGUGGUAAAACAAAAAAUAAUUCAAAAAAUUCUGAAACAGCGAAAAAAUCCCAAAUUUAAUUGUAGGUCGUAAAACUCAAAAAAAGUUUUUUCAAGAAAUUUUGAGACAGUGAAUUUUCAAACUCAAAAAAAAAUCACUGUUUCAAAAAAUAUUUAUUUACAAAUUUUUAACAUCAGAAUAUUGAUUCUAGAAUUAAAGAGGAGUGCGAAAUAAAAUGAGCCUAACUUAUUUUUAAUUCCAAAUUUUAUUAAUUUCAGGUGGUAAAACUGAAGCAAGUGGAGCACACAUUAAACGAAAAACGCAUUCUUCAAGCCAUCGAUUUUCCAUUCUUGGUAAAUAUGACAUAUUCAUUCAAAGACAACUCGAAUUUAUAUAUGGUUUUGGAGUUCAUCUCAGGCGGUGAAAUGUUUUCGCAUUUGCGUCGAAUCGGUCGCUUCUCUGAGCCACAUUCGCGUUUUUAUGCCGCACAAAUUGUUUUAGCUUUCGAAUAUUUGCAUUCGUUGGAUUUGAUUUAUCGAGAUUUGAAGCCCGAGAAUCUUUUGAUUGAUUCAACUGGUUAUUUGAAGGUGAGUCACAAAAUCACAUUUUUGCUGAUGUUUAUUUAUUUGCAAAUCUGUUUUUUUUGUUGCCUAAUCCAUCAAUUAGUUAAUAGGAUUAUUUCUUGUCAACAUUAAAAUUGAGUUUUCGUAUUAAAUGCUAGAUUGUAGCUUUUCUCGUAUUUUUAAGUUAAAAUUUUUCAAAACAAGAAAAAAUAGGUUCAAGGCGCACACCAUUUUUCGCAAAGGUCUCACCGCGAACAAGCUCGUGUAGUUCUCCCGGACAAAUUUUGAAGGUUUUCAGCCUGUAAGGUUGAUAUUAAGCUUCACAAGGCCCGUAGAAGUGCACACUAGUGUGUAAAUAUGUUGGGUCUCACCACGAAGUAGGAUUUUGUGUAGUUCUCUUGGAGAACAACUCAUUUUCAGGCGGGAAACUUGAAUUUUUGUGAAAAUGAUAGAUUUUUUCAUUUCUAGGCUUAAAAAUCAUCGAUUCUUGCCAAUUUCACAUCAAAAUUUCCCCAAUUCCAUUUUUCCAGAUCACCGAUUUCGGUUUCGCAAAACGUGUAAAAGGCCGAACGUGGACAUUGUGCGGAACACCCGAAUAUUUGGCACCCGAAAUCAUUCUCUCAAAAGGCUACAAUAAAGCGGUCGAUUGGUGGGCAUUGGGUGUAUUGAUUUAUGAAAUGGCCGCCGGUUAUCCACCAUUUUUCGCCGAUCAACCAAUUCAAAUUUAUGAGAAGAUUGUGUCCGGAAAAGUGGGUUUUUAAAGGCGCAUGCUAAAUCUCUGUUAGGUCUCACAGCGACCGCAGUUUUGUGUAGUUCUCUCGGACAAAUCAUUUAUGCAGAUUUCUAAGAAUUUCAUGCGAAAAAAUAUUGUAAAUUUAAAGCAACACCCUCGUAUAAUAGGCACUUUCUUGAAAAAAGCCCAAAUGUUCUCAAAUCUUAGAUUUAGCUUAGUUUUACUGUUUUCUAGUUCGAAGAAAAAAUUCAAAACGUUUCGAUAAGUAGUCGCCGAAAUAUGGAAGCCCAUUGAAAAACUGAAAAAACUCAAAUUCAAACAACGCGGGCUAGCGUCAACGCGGAGUCUCGUUGUUUUCUUUUUUAUUUUUUUGCAAAUUUUUUUCCAUUUUUUCGGAAAAUGACAAUUUGCAUGGAAAAAACUGUUUUCUGGGUAUGAAAAAAAUAAACUGAAGAGGUAUGAGCACUAAGAUUCAAUAUUUCAGACGAAAACUGAUUUUUUCAAUGGAAAUUGUGUUUUUUUAGUUUUUGACCGGAAAAUGCAAUAUAAAACGGAAAUAUCAUUGUCAAAAAUGAAAGUAGAGAUAGUUAAGGAUGUUCAGAAAUCAUUGUUAUAAUUUAUUUCAUUGUUUUCGGUGAAACAAUUCACUUUUUCUUGAAAAAAAGUUGAAAGGGGUACUGUAGCACACAAUUGUCGUCACAGUGUUUGCACAAAUUUCAUGAAAUUGCGGAUCUGCACAAUCUGCAGGCGAUUUUCAAAAAAAAAUAAUUUUUUCUCUCAAAAGUGGUCAAACUUGAUCGUUUUUAAGUAUUUCUUUUUCAUAUUGCUUGUGAGCAUAGCUGGAUAGGUUAAUUUUAUAUAUUUUCGUGUCUGAAAGCAUUUCGCAAUGGCCUUAUUAUACGAGGGUGUUGCUUUAAAGGCGCAAGCUUGUAGAUAAAGCGUAGGUCUCAUCACGACCAAUGUUCCGUGUAGUUCUCUUGGAGAACAUGAAUUUUCCCCCGAAAAUCACAAAUUUUCGACAUUUUAAUGUGAAAAAACUCUUAAAGGCGCAUGCUAAAUCAAGCUUGGGUCCCACCACGAUUCGCUGUUUGUGUAGUUCUUUUGGAGGAAAUGAAUUUCCCCCCGAAAAUUACAAAUUUUCGACAUUUUCAUGUGAAAAAACACUUAAAGGCGCAAGCUAAAUCAAGCUUAGGUCUCAUCACGACCAAUGUUUCGUGUAGUUCUCUUGGAGAAAAUGAAUUCCCCUCCCCCCCCAAAAUGCAAUAAAAUCAUUUGUUUUGCAGGUCAAAUUCCCAUCUCAUUUCUCAAAUGAGCUCAAAGAUUUGCUGAAAAACUUGCUGCAAGUCGAUUUGACGAAACGAUUCGGAAACUUGAAAAAUGGCGUGGCCGACAUCAAAAAUCACAAAUGGUUCGGAUCGACGGAUUGGAUUGCGAUCUAUCAGAGAAAAGUGAGUUUUUUUUCGGGGAAAGAGGCGGGAAUUUUCGAGGAGUAAGCAUGGUUUGAUUUGAUUUUGCAUGACACGUUGUGAUUUUUGGUUUUUUCUUUUGGAAGUUUGCCUUUUGGUGGCUUUUUUUGGGUGUCGUUUUGUGAAGGAUUUUUUUACACUUCAUUUUGAUAAAAAAAAUGAACUACAAAGUUUUUGGAGAAUUUUUGAAACAGUGAUUUUUUGUGGAAAAACAUUCACAAAAAUUCACUGUUUCAAAAAUUUAUUAUUAAUUUUCCCAAGCAUAAAUCUUUAGUGAACGUCUUGGACGAUCUCAAUAUCUCUAAAUUUUCAAAAAUUAAAUAAUUCAUCUAAUUUUCCCUAUAAAGUUUAGAAUUAAUUUUUGAGAAUCAAUUUUGGACACCGUUAGUUAUCAAAAUUUUCAAAAUCUUCCCAGAAUUUAUAGGAUUUUUGAAACAGUGAGAUUUUUUUGAAAAUUUUUGGAACUUAAAAUUGUGAGAAAAUUCACUGUUUCAAAAAUAUUAUAAUUUUUCAACCUUUAAUUGACAAUGAUUAUUUUUUAAAUCUAUCACAAAAUCCAUAAAAAAUUGAAUUUCCAAAAAAAUUCACUGUUUCAAAAAUUUCUUAUAAUUUUUUGUCUGAUCUAAAAUUUUCAAUAGCAAUUUUCGCGAUGAUUGAAAUUUUAAUGAAAGCUCAAAAUUCCAGAAAAUGUACUGUUUCAAAAGAAUUACCGAUAGUAAAAAAUGAUUUCAACUUAAUGGGUUUGAAAAAGAUACUCUAGAAAAAUUCACUGUUUCAAAAAUUUCUCAAAUUUUUGGAGAAAAACUUUUUCCAACAGUCCAUAUAUCUUAUAAAUUCUGAAAAAUCUCGAAUCGACACCCAAAACUACAGCCAUCAAAAAACUUUAAAUUUACAGUAGAUUUCUAUAUUUAUAAUUUCUCUAUAAUUUUCUAUCCAAAAAACCUUCUUAUUUUCCUUGCUUUCAAACAGAUAACACCAGCCUCAUUUUCACGAGGCGAUUCAACUGGUCGAUUAUUCGAAGCACUUUAUCCACGUGUCGAAGGACCAGCAGAUACACGUCAUUUUGUUGAAGAAGUCACUGAACCUACGGAAUUUAUUAUUUCUGAUAUAUCACAUCAUGCUGAUUUAUUUGCCGAUUUUUGAGUGAAGAAAAGCAUGUAUUUUAUUGUUGUUAUGAUUUUUUGAAGUGAUUGUGGUUUGUUUUUUUUCUAUCCUUUUCUUCUUUUACUUAAUAGUUUCUCCUUAUUUAACUGCACCGCAUUUUUUCGGUUUUUAGAGAAUUUUUGGGACCAAAAUUUGGGAAAAAAAUUUGAAAAUUCAAAAAUAUUUGGCUCGCAAAUUCUGAAAUUUUAGGUUAAAUUUCAGCUGUGAUUAAUCAAUUUUCAUAAUUUUUGGACAAAAAUUCAUAAAAUUUUUGAAACAGUGAAAUUGUUUUUGAGAAAAAAUUAAAAUUUCUGGAAAUUUUCAGUUCCAAAAUUUCUUAAAUUUCAAGUUCAAUUUAACAUAUGAGACAAUUUUAUCAAUUUUCACAAUUUUCGACGAAAAUUCACGAAAAUCUUGAAACAGUGAGAUUUUUUAAAGAAAAAAAGAAUAAUUUUUGCAUUUAAAAACUCUGGAGCUCGAAAAUUCUGAACAUUUUGAGCUUCAAAAUUUCUUAAAUUUCAAGUUAAAUAGAAACAUGUUAUCAAUUUUCACAAUUUUCGACGAAAAUUCAUCAAAUUUUUGAAACAGUGAAAUUUUUUUGUUUCUAAAAAUUCAGAAUUUUCAUUCAAAAAUCAGUAGAAUAAAAAUUGAUCUCAAAAUUUUUGCUCGAAAAUUAUUUUCGGAUUCUAAAAAAAAUUUUCCUGGUCUUAAAACUUAAGGAUCCCUAAUUUUUAACCUAAAAAUUCUGAAGCUUGAAAAUUUUGAAAUUUUAUGGCUGUUAUAUCAAAUUUGUAAUCAAGUUUUCAUAAUUUUUGGAGAAAAAUUCAUCAAUUUUUUGAAACAGCGAGAUUUUUUUAUUGAAAAAUUUUCCCGAAAAUAUUUUUUAUAUCACAAAUUUCAAUGUUAAAAGGUUUCCCCACCCUAAAAAUAUCACUUUAAGGCCCAAAAAAUGCCCCCAAAAGCCCCAAAUUAUCUUCAAAAUUUGCAGAUCGAAGCGCCAUUCCUUCCAAAAUGCCGUGGACCCGGUGAUGCCUCAAAUUUCGACGAUUACGAAGAAGAACCGCUACGUAUUUCGGGAACUGAAAAAUGUGCAAAAGAAUUUGCCGAAUUCUAA